AUGGAAAUCAAGCUGAAGAACCUCCUCGAGGAGGUGGCAGCACGUGUAUUCGUCGCAUUGACAAUGCCUUUAUUGAUUCUCUACAACUUGUAUUUGUACAUUCAAACCAAACCAAAGAUAUGGGAUGCUGCUGGAAAAGUCGUCGAGGCAGACAUCGUGCCUGUAUUUGUCGGUCAAAUCCUUUCCUUACGGACACUGUCGCAUCCUCGUACUGGAUCAGAUCAAUCGAAUCAUCAAGUGCCGAAUCGAGCUGGACUUCUAUCUACACUUUAUUUGGAUUCAACCCUAAUCAAACCACCACUUUUAAUACUAGUCAUCACUGGCUGUUCAGCUGGAAUGGGCGCAGAUCUCGCUCGGAUAUACGCAAAGGACGGUGCUAACCUGGUCAUCAUGGCUCGACGCGAAGCUGAGUUGAAUGUCGUCGCUACUGAAUGUCGAAAACUCGGUGCAUCAAGUGUCCUUGCUCUGCCUAUCGACGUCGCUUCAGAAGACGAAAUCAAAAAAGCCGUAAAACGGAUUGGCGAUGAAUACGGCCGAAUUGACUUGUUUGUCGCAAAUGCUGGAAUAUCAAUGGGCUACACGGUCCAAGAGCUUAAUGAUCUGCGACUCAUGAGGAAUCUCAUGGAUAUCAACUACUUUGGAACCAUAGGCUUCAUCAUCUACGGAUUGCAUCUGUUGAAGAAGAGUGCACAACCUAAGAUUUCUAUCAUUUCAUCUGUUGCUGGAAUAUUUGGUUCCAUAACCCGAUGUGGUUACUCUGGCUCAAAGUUCGCUCUCAAAGGCUUCUGUGAUGCGUUGAGCCUUGAAGAACCAAGCUUUGAAAUCAGCAUUCUCUUCCCAGGUGUCGUCAAGACUGACUUGAAUCGAACCCGAGAAGGCUCCGUGCAACUCAAUAUGGAUCAGGGCAUGGAAUGUGCCGACGCGGCUGAAUUGAUACAUGAUGCUGUCAAAACAGGAAAGCGUUAUGAAACGUGGACCUUCCGAGCCAAAGCACUCUACCUUAUCAGAGACGUGCUACCAGAUCUACGCGAUUCCUUCUGGGGCGGGCACGGCAGGAAAUACCAACGCCCUACCGCAAAGAAAGAAUAA